UUUUCAAAAUACAUAUAGGAGUAUAUAAUAAUUGUCAUAAAUUUGGUUAUUUACUUUUUGCAUUAAUUAUUAUACAGAUAUUUGGUGUUUGAAGAUCUCAAAUUGAUCAAACUAAAGAAAAGAAAGUUAUUCCAUCAAUUCAUUCAGUUCUUCUAUAAGACAUGGUUACUACAGCAUUGAUGAGGAUUGUUUCCCCGUGUUGGAAGCCUUCGGUUGAAGGCGAAAACUCGUCCAAACACUCGAAUGGAAGAUUUAAUGGACUUUUAUGGCAUAAAGAAUUUGGAAGCCAUGUUAAUGGAGAUUUCUCUAUGGCUGUGAUUCAAGCUAAUAAUUUGCUUGAGGAUCAUAGUCAAGUGGAAUCGGGUCCAUUAGGGUUACUUGAUGAUGGUCCUCAUGGGACUUUUGUGGGCAUAUAUGAUGGUCAUGGAGGUCCGGAAACAGCUAGAUUUGUAUGUGACAAUCUUUUCAAGAACAUUAAGAAUAUUGUUGGUGCAGAGUUUACAAGUCAAAGUCAAGGCAUGUCAAGAGAUGUAAUAAAGAAAGCAUAUUUAGCAACAGAAGAAGAAUUUAUGUCCUUAGUAAAGGAAUUAUGGUUAGAAAAGCCACAAAUUGCUUCCGUAGGGGCUUGUUGUUUAGUUGGUGUUAUAUGUUGUGGAUAUCUUUACAUUGCAAAUGCCGGUGAUUCUCGUGUUGUUUUAGGAAAAUUAGAUAAGUUUGAUAAAUGUGUAAAGGCUAUUCAAUUAUCUUCCGACCAUAAUGCAAGUGUUGAAUCGGUUAGAGAAGAAUUGCAAAACAGGCACCCUAAUGAUCCACAAAUUGUUGUUCUUAAGCACAAAGUAUGGCGUGUUAAGGGUCUUAUACAGGUUUCAAGAUCUAUUGGUGAUGCCUAUCUAAAGAAGGCUGAGUUCAAUAGAGCACCCUUAUUAACAAAGUUCAGAAUAAGUGAUCCUUUUGAGAAGCCAAUCAUGACAGCUGAGCCAACAAUAACUGUACAAAAGAUCCUUCCAGAAGACCAUUUUCUAAUUUUUGCUUCGGAUGGCUUGUGGGAUCUUCUUACCAACCAAGAAGUCGUUGACAUAGUCAACUCCAAUUCUAGACAUGUAAGCUUUUUUUUUUUAAAAAAAAAAAAUUAAGUUUGUUUUAAGUAAUUCUUAGUCCUUUUGGUUUUUAAGAUAUUGUCACGGAUUUUUAGUAGUGCUGAAAAAAUAAGAAAUGGUUAAACUAUUUAAGUGUGUGAAUGAUACUAAAGAGGAGUUGUAAUGUAUGAGCGGAAAUAAAAGAAAUUUUCAAAAAUGUGUAGUGCAAAAAGAUUAAGAAAUGGUUGAAUUAUUGGAUUGUGUGGAUUAUACUAAAGAGGAAUUGAAAUGUAUGGACAAAAACAAAAGAAAUUGUCAGAGAUGUAUCGUGCUGAAAAAUUAAGAAACGGUGAAACCA